GGCAUGCAGUACAACUUGGUACGGUGUCUGAGAUAGUUGAGAACCCGAGAGCCACUAUGAACCCUCUGCGCAGCCUGUGCGUCCUGGCCUGCCUCGUGGCAGUGGCCAUGGGCAGCCCCCAGACGGGCAACCGUUCCGGACGCCGCUCCAACUCGCUGGACAGCGUGGAGCAGCCCAGCAACUGGGUGAACCCGCGGGAGAUCGAGGAUCUGCCCUCGCUGAAGCAGGUUACGCUCAAGAAGCUGCAGGAGAUGAGCCUGGAGGAGGGCGCCACGCUGCUGGACAAGCUCUACCACCUGUCCCAGUUUAACCACGUCUUCCAGCCCGAGUACACCCCCGAGCCCAGCCAGAUCAAGGGCUACAUUGUCGGCGAGCGCGGCCAGAAGAUCGAGUUCAACCUGAACAACCUGGUGGAGAAGGUUAAGCGCCAGCAGAAGUUCGGCGACGACGAGGUCACCAUCUUCAUCCAGGGCAUGCCCGAGACCAACGGCCAGGUGGAGAAGGCCACCAGGAAGCUGGUGAAGGCCUACCAGCAGCGCUACAACCUGCAGCCCUACCCGACCACCGACUACUCCAGCGAGGAGCAGCGCCAGAAGGGCUCUAGCGAGGAGCAGCAGCAGCAGCGCCGCAAGCAGAACGACGACCAGGAGGACUCCAAGACCGGUGACCUCAUCGUGAUCGAGCUGGGCAAUGCCAUCGAGGACUUUGAGCAGUACGCCACCCUGAACAUCGAGCGCCUGGGCGAGAUCAUCGGCAACCGCCUGGUCGAGCUGACCAACACCGUGAACGUGCCCCAGGAGAUCAUCCACCUGAUCGGCUCUGGACCCGCCGCCCACGUGGCCGGAGUGGCUGGACGCCAGUACACCCGCCAGACCGGACACAAGUUGCGCCGCAUCACCGCCCUGGACCCCUCGAAGAUCUACGGCAAGCCCGAGCAGAGGCUGACCGGACUGGCCCGCGGCGACGCCGACUUCGUCGACGCCAUCCACACCUCCGCCUACGGCAUGGGCACCACCCUGCGCCUGGCCAACGUUGACUUCUUCCCCAACGGACCCUCGACCGGAGUGCCCGGCGCCGACAACGUGGUGGAGGCCACCAUGCGCGCCACCCGCUACUUCGCCGAGUCGGUGCGUCCCGGCAACGAGAGGAACUUCCCCGCCGUGGCCGCCAGCUCGUACCAGGAGUACAAGCAGAACAAGGGCUACGGCAAGCGCGGCUACAUGGGCAUCGCCACCGACUUCGACCUGCAGGGCGACUACAUGCUGCAGGUGAACUCCAAGAGCCCCUUCGGACGCAGCACCCCUGCCCAGAAGCAGCCCGGCUACCACCAGGUCCACCAGCCCUGGCGCCAGUCCUCCUCCUCGUCGAGCCAGGGUGCCCGCCGUCAGUAGAUCAUCGACCAGUGAUCCCUAGAUGACAACCAGAUCGCACACCCCUCAUGCGACGAACCCCUCCAGCCCAUCCUCAUCCAGCGGAUCAUUCUGCGAGUAGCAUUCCCAUGUUUAGUUACGCUUCGUUUUUUAAUGCACAAUAAAAAAACUGCAAUUUAUAAAUAUUCA